CAGCCCUGCACCUUUCCACCUUCCCUCCCACCUCCGUCCCUCCUCUCCCCUCCCUCUCCGAAAGCUGGAGAGGAAGGAGAUCCAUUGCUUCCGAUGGAUGCCUGCCGUCUCUGACCUCCGACCUCUGCUGCCUUCUCCCCCCCUACCUGAUAGCUACUCCUGAUCGGAUUCAGGCUAGGUCACAGCCCUCCUCUGAAACUCAGGGGUGCCUGCUUUCUCUGUGCUCCGACGAUGGAUGAACAGAGGAUUCGAUGAGCAGCCAUGGGCUUUCCCCCCUGGGGUUUGGUCUUCUUGGUCAGCAAGCGGACCUGAAUACGAAUUGAUCUCUGCGGUGCAACCCCGUUAGUUGAAGCCAUGGGGUCUGGGGACUGGUUCAAGACGAUCAUCAGCAAGAAAAAAUCGAAACGGGCAAAGUCAAAGCACGCAAAGCUCUCUGGUCAAGUAACAAAUGGAAGCAACCAGACAAAUCAGAAGUUAAAUGGCCCUUCUUCCAGUAGUGACGACCAUGAAGACAAUGCAGCACUAGAGGAAUGGGCUGCUACUCGCAUUCAGAAUGCAUUCCGGAAAUACAGGGCAAGGAAGACCCUGCGUUGUCUCAGGGGAGUCAAAAGAUUGCGUGUUGUCGGUCAGGCGAAUCCGGUUAAGAAGCAGACUGCUGCCACACUGAGUUACAUACAGUCUUGGAACAAGUUGCAGUCAGAGAUAAGAAACCGGCGUGCUUUCAUGGUCACCGAAGGGCGCAACAGGAAGAAGAAGCAGGAGAACCAAAUGAAACUUGAGGCAAAACUCCAUAAUUUGCAGGUUGAAUGGAAUGGAGGUUCGGAUACUAUGGAUGAAAUACUUGCUAGGAUACAACAACGAGAAGAAGCAGCAGUGAAGCGUGAGCGAGCCAUGGCGUACGCGUUCAACCAUCAGUGGAGAGCAAGGUCUGCCACAAGUCUAGGAAACUUCAGCUACGAAGUCGGCAAAGGUGGCUGGGGCUGGAGCUGGAUGGACCGCUGGAUCGCAGCACGACCAUGGGAGCCGCGAUCCUUGGUCCACCCUGAGAACCCAAAGAAAGCACAGGCAAAGAAAGAGAACAGCGCAAACCCAUCAGCUCUCAAGCUGCAAGGCUCUAUUACCCUAAGCAACAAUAUCAAUGACCGGAAAACGCCUAAAAAGAAGCCAUUGCCUUCACCUUCUCCUACUGAUCAGAAGAAGCCAUCACCAUCGCCUUCUUCUGAUCAGAAGAAACCGGUACCGAAGGAGCAGAGAGCAAAGGCAGCUGGCACUCCUCCAAAACCAAAGGCCAAGGAUAUGAAGGGUAGCCAAGAGAAAAAGCCGCAGCAGAAAGUGGCUCCUUCGGUCAGCGCAUGAAGCUUGCUGCUGCGAAAAUGGUUACUGAUCAUGUAAGAUACAUCUUGUGAAGUUCUCUCGUGUUUAUCACUCAUACUUGUAUGUCUUCGCUUUUGUGUUUACGGUGAUAUGGGACCAGGAGUGUCCAAUCUAGAAUGUGCUUGGUUUGAGCGGUUGCGCACAUACAACAUAUCUGAUGAGAAAUGUUUUGGUUAGGACUUUAGGAUCUCUGUUAUUCAUUGUUGUGCUGUUGUAAUAAGACUUGCCUGGCUAUCUGCUUGAAUGGAAGGUCUUGUUGGAACAAAAUGUAAGCUCGUUCUCUGUCCAUAACAUUAGGAUCAAAUGGCAAAUCAGUCAUGUAUGUUUCAUAACUAUUUAUUCGAUCCAAAUUUGGAUUAAAUUCAAAUUUCAUGCA